AUGCUGACCCUGGUUGGUUCGUUACUGGUGGUCAAUGCACCCACUCUGGAGAUCUCGACAGGACUUGCCUCGAAGGCGAACUGGCAGGUCAUGAACCUGUCCACCCCAGCGAACUACUUCCAUGCGCUGCGCCGGCAGCAGCACCGUGAUUUCAGGAAGCCCAUGAUCGUCGCCUCGCCGAAGAAUCUCUUCCGCCUGCGUCAGUGUGUGAGCCCUCUUGCUGAUAUGGAGGCCGACACUCGUUUCCAGCGCCUCAUCGGCGAGCGCGACCCGGAGAUUGCGGGAAACCCUGAUAAGGUGGAGCGCCUCAUCUUCUGUAGCGGCAAGAUCUACUACGAGCUGGUUGCUGAGCGAGAGAGGCUUGGCCUCAAGAACGUGGCCAUCGUCACCAUCGAGCAGCUGGCACCCUUCCCCUUCGACCGGGUGAAGCAGGCUGCUGAAGUGAUUCUGUAG